AUGUAUAUGCCUUUACAAAAGUCAAAAUCAUGUUCAAGCAAGGAGGCCCCACACGCGACCCAGCGGCGGCCAGAGAUCGUGACCACGACUGCGAGCGCGGAGCGCGGUUCCUGCACAGUGCCGCCACCUCCGCGCACGCGUCCGACGGACCCGGGGCAUGACGUCUCGCGCGGCGCACCGGUCGGGGCUGGAUGGAGCACGUCGAGCGUGUGCUACUGCAGGGCGCUGCCCAUCGACGCGAAGACGGUGUGCGUGCUCACGAUGGGCAGCGAUGAGGUGGUGGUGCGCGAGGGCAAUUGCAUCGGCGACAGUGGUGUGUCGGGCGAGAUGAUCAAGAGCGAGCAGGAGCUGGAGAAGGCUGUCCGCACGUCGUGCACCAUGCCCCCCAAGAUCGUCAGCAUGAUGACCCUCGUGACCGUGAAUAAGAUCGGCGGCGAGCCGACCAAGGACAAGAAGAUGGAGGCCAAGGCCGCCGCGGUCGUGAACGUGCCCCGCGAAGGGCAACGGCCCGUCAUGACCUCGCUGGUGGGCCCGUUCGAGGCUGGUGAAGUCGAAUGA